GCAUUUAAUUGAGAAUCCGAUCAAACCAAAUUAUAUCGGAUUUUACCCGGUUAAUUUGUUAAACCGAACCAAAAUUGAGUUGACCGAUGGGCAGAGAGAGAGCCACGCGGCCCACGCGUUAUUCGGCAAAGGCCAAAUUGAAGAAAACCAAACCCUUUGGAAAAACCUCCGUCUUUCGGGUCUUCGUCGACAUUGAUCCGUUUUUUACUCACCGUCGCCGUUGAAAUGGCGAAGUCUUGUAAGGGCCUUGCUGAAGAGCUUGUCAAAUGUCUCAGUGAAUCGAUUUGUGUCAAGGGCGAGAAACGAUCAAUUAGGGACUGCACUGGUGAAAAAAGCCCAUGUAUACCGAGUGAGUGUGUUGGCCUAAGAGAAACCUACUUCAACUGUAAAAGAGGACAGGUAGACAUGAGAGCCAGGAUUCGAGGAAACAAAGGCUACUAACAGAAGGGCACCUGCAUAUCCGAUAUCACAUUUUCAUUUUGUUGUUUUUGCGUUCUUUUUAUCAAUCCUUUGAUUUCUAAUAGUUGGAGCACAAUAUGAAGGGACAUGCAACUUAGUUACUUGCCAUGUCAAUGUCAAGUUAGGCUUGUUCCUAUACUAUACUUGAUUUCUUUUCCUCCUUAAAGUUGUAUUACAUGUCAAUGAAAAGAUGCUAUUGAAUGUCGUGUUAUUUAAAGAAAGAGUAAGAAUG